CUCACUGCUCCGUACGAUGGAUGGGACCACAAUGGAACAACCCGCCACGCCAACAAUCCAACCGGGAGACGCCGUGCUCCAACUGCAGAGCUCCGUGCUCAUCGACGCGCCCAUAGCAGCCGUGUGGAACGCACUAACGGAUACCUCGACCUGGGCCAAAUGGAACCAGUUCGUGCCACGCGUGACGAUGCGCGCUCAGCAGCCAGACUCACCUUCACUGCCAUCGGUAUCAUCUGACCAGCAGCAGCAGCAGCAGCAGCCGCUAUCGCCGGUCCUCAGGCAGGGAUCCCACGCCACCUUCCACGUUCGUAUGAAUGCCGCUUCGCCGGGCCCGCAGCGCGAAGCGACCGUGCAUUUAACGGUGACUGAGUGCUCGCCGCCGGAUCUUCUGGCGACGACGACGACGACGACUAACCCGCGAGCGCGGAUUGUGUGGGUGAACGAUGCGCCGGCUCAGGGAUUCCUCAUGUCGUCGCUGUUGACUGCGGAACGGGUGCACGAGCUUUCGGUUGUGGAUGUUGCAGUGGGAGGGGAAGGAGAAGGAGGCAAAGUCAAGCAGAUGACCCGGGUGCGGAACUGGGAGAACCAGACGGGAUAUUUGGCGUAUGUGGUUCGGUGGAUGUAUGGCCGGGUGUUGAGGGAGGAUUUUGAAAUUUGGGUGCAGGGGUUGAAGGAGUAUGUUGAGUUGGUUUAAUUGAUCUCAUUUAUUUCGAGUAGUCUGUAUUUAGUAGGUAAGGGGAUGUUUUUUUUUUUUCUUUUUUUUUCUUCCUUGCUUUUUGAUAUUGAAGAAUCAAAGUUAAAACCUGCUUUUUGUUUGAUGAGUGAAUGUGGUUCAUGAUAUCAUUGAUAAUCCUUUACCAAGUUGGCCAGUACGGAGUAACUCGUACUCUGUACUAGUACCUACCUAGGUAUGAGUAAAUACAGUGUGGAGUGAAAAUAAUGUAAUUUCCUGGCAGUUUGGAGACCCACGUGGGGGUUGGAGAUGGAUGUGAUUCCUUAUUUCAACUUUACUAUACAGAGUGAGAAGGAAUAUAGUUAUGAUGAAGGAGACUCAUUCAGUAUAUAAUAG